AUGAAGUCCGCAACCUUUGAUGGGGAAAAAGCUCAUAAAUACCGACGAGAAGGGGUAAAAAUACGCCAGCACUCCUUCCCAGAGAUAUCCAAGCCCAGCAACCGCAGACAAGGAAGAACGGGAUGCAACAAGCAGCAGCAAUGGAGAUGCGCCUCUGCUUUGUUUUCCGGCGAAGCUCAAAACGGCUGGGCAACGGCUGAGUCAGCGACCUUUCACCGCCCGCGGUCGAAGGUCGCCCUGAUCGGGACUAGCGCCAAAAUUUUGAAGAUUUCGAAAUUUUGCGGGUUUUUCGACGAGACUCCGACGACAACCUCUACUCGCCCUCCACACCCCCCUCGCUCUCCACCCCGAUCAAUUCCUCUCGCCGUGAGACCAGCAGUCAAGAUGGGCAAGGACAAGUCUGAGAAGAAGGACAAGCGCGAGAAGAAGGAGAAGCGCUCGGAGAAGGACGGUGUCCACAAGGCCGGCAAGAAGGACAAGAAGGAAAAGAAGGACAAGACCGCGCUCGCCGACGCCGUUGAGCAGGAACUCACCACCAAGGUUCUGGAAGGCAUUGACCAGGCCGUCGAAGAUGCUCCCGUCGAGGGCGUCGUUAAGGCUGAGAUGGACAUUGACGUUCGUCCCGUUGGCGCCGUCGUUCCGUUCGCCAGCCCUCUCGUCGAAGACAAGUCGGCGAAGAAGGUGCUGAAGAGUGUCAAGAAGGCCGCCGCCAACAAGUGCCUCAAGCGAGGUGUCAAGGAAGUCGUCAAGGCCCUCCGCAAAUCGCCCGUCCCUGCCCCCAACGCCCCCGUCUCUAUCCCCAACGGCGUCGUCAUCCUCGCCGCCGACAUCUCGCCCAUGGACGUCAUCUCUCACAUUCCCGUGCUCUGUGAGGACCACGGAAUCCCCUACGUCUUCGUCACAUCCCGAGCUGAGCUCGGUAACUCGGCGGCCACCAAGCGUCCCACCAGUGUUACCAUGGUCGUGCCCAAGUCGGCCGCCAAGGGCAAGAAGAAGGACGAGGACGAUGAUGAGGACUUCAGCAGCGUGUAUGAGGAAUUGGCCAAACUCGCCCAGAAGGAGGCCAAGCGGAUCCACAUCACCAACACCAACAACAAUCCCAAUCCCAAUCAACAUCAGCAUCCCAAUACUCACUCCUCUCACUUCAUCUCGCCAUCCUUCCUCACCAACCCAAACCCAAACCCCAAACCUAACCCCCCUACCACACAACACCAACAACCAAAAGUGGUACCCAAAUACGGCAUAUUCAUCAACCACGCCCGCCACCUCCAACAAGAAAAAGAAGAAGGAUGUCCAUCCUCCUCGCCCACCUCCCCUCAAAUCCAACAACACUCAACUAUCAAAUCCUCCGGAUGGCUCCCUAACAAAAAGAACCAGGAGGGAGCGAAGGACACGCCUACACCUGACCUCACCCAAAGCCGACCCUCGACAAUCUACGCCUUGAUGCGACAUCUACGACGCACGGAUCGGGUAUGGGCGCCUGUGGCGAUCUUGUUCACUAUGUCGUGGUUAGCGGUCGUGGCGAUGGGGGUGGUUGAGUGUGUGGGGGUUUGUUGGAGGAGGGUAGUGAUGAAGGGAAGGAGGCAAAGACAGGGACGUUUUGGUGGUGGUGGUGUUGCUGGCUGGGGAAUACAUCAUGAGACGGUCUUGUUUGAUGGAGGGGGGGUUUUGGAUGAGGUGGUUAUCGAGGCGGUGCCGGUGGAUGAUGAUGAGGAUGGGGAUGGGCAAGACCAGGAGGAUGAGGGAGAUAGGUAUAAAAUGUUGAAGAAGAUGUGA